GCCGACUUCCCGAAGCCAAGUGCUGUGCGACUACAACUUUAGUGAUAAUUUACGAUCAAUAAAUUUGAGGGACGUUGUUGAACAACCAUAUAAUAGAAAGCAAAUUUAUUUCUGUCAAAAAUUUUAUUGUGCGUGAUGUUAACUUUUGAAUACCCAGGCACCAUGGCAUUCGAAAAUUCAAUAUUCCACAAGAUAUGAAAACGACAUGGCGGACGGGUAAUCGACCAAUGGGAAGCCAGCAUCUAGCGUUUCAGAAUUACAUGUACCUACUCACAUUUCGCGUCAUUACGAUUUUGGUGCCUUCUUUCUUCAGAUAAAAAUGCAUUACUUGGUCUGUUAUCAGUGAAUUGAUUGACUUUUUGGUUUGUUGUGAAAAGACAGUGUAAACUUUGUGUGUAGACCUUGUGUCGUGGAAUUUAUGCGAAGCAACCCAAACGGCUGUGAUCAUGACUGCGUUGGAUUUAGGUUGAACUAAAAUGCAUUUCCAUCAUUUUGUUUUUGUAAACAAGACUUAUGUUUUUGCCGUACACGUGCGAAUCGGUACAUAAUUGACAGUUGUUUAUAACAAUGUCGGGAAGGGGGGCAAAAAAACGCGGGAGGCCCCCGAAAGCGGGAAGUUUUGAGAAAAAUAGAAAGUUUCAAUAUCAUUUAUUGAAGAAACCAAAAUAUUUGCAAGCUCAAAAUAUCGGAUCGAGUUCUCUGGCCAGUACUCCAUCGGCAUCUAGAGCGUCGUCUCCACAAGGUAGCGAUGUAAGUAAAAGAAGUACACGAAAACAGAGAGGAGGAAAAGCUCACAAACCCAAAAGAGGUGGGCUAUCCGGUGCGUAUUCUCGAAGAGGAUACAAUCCACAUGCCGCCGACUACCACGAAUCUGAAUAUCAUUACGGAUCAGACUUUGGGGAUGAGUACAGUGACCGCUCUGAGCAAGAAGAAGAGCGCGGUAGCGAUAGUUCCGAUGCCAGUGUCGAUAACGAUAGCGACAGCGACUUCUCUGUCAGCAGUUACAGCACUACAGGGGGUACUCCUAGAAAGGUUGGCAACAAUGCUAUACGUCCACCUAGCCCUGAGCCUCUUUGGUUGCAGCAGGAAAGGCCUAUCCCUCAUUUAGAUCUCCCAUCUUCAUCAGAUGAUUUAAUCAUCCCUCAAAACUUGGUAUUACAGGUAGUUGGGAUAUAUGAAGUGUUACGGCACUUUAGACAUUUGGUUAGAUUAUCUCCAUUUAGAGUGGAAGACUUGUGUGCAGCUGUUAGUUGUGAAGACCAGAGCAAUUUAUUGAGUGAAGUGCAUAUAAUGUUACUCAAGGCUCUGCUGAGAGAGGAAGACGCUCAACAGACCCAUUUUGGCCCUUUGGACCAUAAAGACAGUGUCAAUAUUACCUUGUUUUUGCUGGAUGUAAUGACAUGGCCAGAAGUGCUAAGGAUUUAUGUGGACAGUGACAAAUCUUUUGACCAAAAUGUGGUUAAAAUAUUAAACUCUUGCGAAUACCCUUUUACAAGUGUGGAAGAUCGCCUAUCUGUGCUUCAGUUCAUGUGCAAUCAGUUCCUGAUUACAAAUUCAGUUCGAGAUGAUCUCCUGAGUGAAGUUCCUAUCCAUUAUGAUGAUCACUGUCGAGUUUGUCACCGGCUAGGAGACUUAUUGUGCUGUGAAACAUGCCCAGCAGUUUACCACUUAGAGUGUGUUGAUCCCCCACUGGUAGAUGUACCCUCAGAAGACUGGCAAUGUGCUCUCUGUAAACAACACAAGACUGUUGGUGUGACUGAUUGUCUUCCUGAUGCAGAGAAGCAAGGCUUGCUUUGUAGACAUGAACAUUUGGGCUUUGAUAGACAUGGCAGAAAGUAUUGGUUUAUCACACGGCGACUAUUUAUUGAGUCUGAAAAUGGUGAUGUAUGGUAUUACUCAACACCUCAGCAGUUUGAACAACUUCUGGAAGUGCUUGAUGCAGUAGAAAUGGAAGCUCCGCUGGUCCGUGAACUUUUGGAAAUGAAACACGAAAUUAUUAGGCAAAUGGAAAUUACCGAACGACUGACUAAUCAGGCGAAAGGCAAUCGCAAGUCAUACUUGGAAGUUGAGAAUAAUAAUAUAAUAAAACAGAGGAAAUUGGGAGAGGAACGGAAACAACAGGAGCGAAAUUUAGGUUUGAAACUUGAUGAAGAUAAAACAGAAGAUUCAGCACUGGAAGGAGACAGUGAUGUGAUGAAUGAAGUAACAGUCACCAGUGAAGAUGCACCACAUGAUGAUGAUGAUCACAAUGAUGCAGUAGAAGAUGAUGUAAAGAAGACGAAGAACAAUACAACAAACAAGAAUAAAAAGAAAAUUGAAGAGAUUACUACAGAAAGACUGACAAGGCUAAAAUCAAAUCAAAUAUCCAAUGGAACAUAUCUGUUCAAAUUGGGCAAUGAGAAUAACUUUAAAAAUUACGUAAAUCAAUACACUACAAACCCUCUCGCUCUUAACAAGCCUCAAAGGAAUGAAGAGAGAGACAAAAAGCGAUAUAUGUCCCACAAGUUCUCCUUAUCUUCAUGUCAAGAUUUCAAAUGGAUAGGACUCCUCAAUGCAACAAAGCCUUUACUAGUAGCAACGCUAAGGCAAACAUUAUUGCAACUGGAAUCAAAUAUAGUGGUACAGUUUAUGCACCCUAAUUGGUCUUUAUUGAGGAAGCCAUGGGUGCAAGCUGUGCAAUUGUGUCAAGCGCCGAGGGACUUCGCGAGAGCACUUUGUGUGCUGCAGGCUUGCAUUAAGAGCGUGGUAUGGGUCCCAGCAUGGCAUGAACAACUGGGCCAUGUGAGGUUGAUUAGAACAACGGCGGCUGAGCGAGAGGAGCGCAAGAAACUUGAUAAAAGAGAGAAAAAGGAAAGAGAAGAAGAGGAAGAACGUUAUCGCACGGCUUAUAACUUCGUCAAAUACUCUUUGGGACUUCGUCACCAGGCAUGGAAACAAAAAGGUGAAGAGUACAGAAUUCAUGGCCAAUGGGGCUGGCUAUGGAACUCGGCUACAAGAAAAUUUAAGAAACACAAUGCUAAUUCAAAACCAAGUCUAUACAAUGGCCCUGCAAAGAUAGCUGUAAGAGUCAGGGAAGGCAGCAUCAUCAAAGUGUUGGCAGUUGAGCCUAAGACAUAUGAGUACUUGUUAUCUAAUGAUACCGCUGACAAAGAAGUACUUGAUAAAUUACCACAAUCAAUGCGUAAUCUGAAAUUAGAAAAAGACAACGAAGACUUUGAAGAAAUUGACGUCGAAAAGGCCCUAAGCUCAUCAACAAGGCGGUACUACCCAAAAAUAGCUAGAAAAUCCAAACUGGAUGACUUUCUAGCGCGCAGAACGUAUCUCAAAUUUAUGGAAGAGAAAAAAUUGGCUAAUGUUUUAGCUAAUGUCAAGAAAGAGGAGAUGGAUGUUAAGAGCGAAGAUGAUAAGAAUAUUGAUGUAGAAAACGAUGAGCCCGAACCAGAUGUAACAUCUCUUUGUGAUCCCAUAACUGACUCAAAGACUGUAAACCCCUCAACAAAAAAUGCAGAGUCACUAAGAGAUCAGUACCACAAGUUGAGUCAGUUGACCAAACAUUAUAAAUGUUAUUCAGCUGACUGUAACAAAACUGAACCCUCUGCCUUACUUCAGGGUUCAGAUGUCAAAAUAAACUGCUUUUCUCCUUUAUGUAUUGAAAAAGGCAAGUUGUUGAAUGAGUUGUUUACGUUGUUGAAGAGCGGCGCGAUAAAUUCUUCAAUUCUGUCGAAUUCCAAAGAAAAUUCUAAAACGUCAAUUUUGGAACAGUAUUUGCUAGGAAAAACUGUCAACACAACAAAUUCGAAUGAGAAUAUAUUGACCGAUCUGUUGUCAGCUGUUGCAUGUGCACAAGAGUGUGAUAGCAAAAGUUCAGAUAACUUUGUGAAGCGAAAGUUUAGUAGUGAUACGGACGUAACUGUAAAGACUGAAAGAGACGAUGACAAUCUCUUGAAAACCGAAAGUACACUUGAAGAAUCUGCAGUUCCAGCCAUCGGCAACGAAAUGGACAUUGAUAUAACUUGCAAUGAUAAUGAUGAGAAUGAAAUGGAAAUAGGUCCCUUGAAGGAGUUGACAGACAAUGACCAGGAACAACCAACAGACCAAGAGUCUACCCAAGAUGCUGAUUCCGAGCAAAAUCGACCGCCGAUCCCGAAGUUAAAAAUAACUAGAGGCAGAUCUGCUAAAGCAGCAGCUAAUAGUUCUACUGACACAAAUAAUACUGAUGCGUACAAGUGUUCUUCGGUAAUGCCAGUUAAAGACGAAAAACCAAAAUACCGCGCAACAAUCAACAGGCGAUUUGGGCUCGUUAAGCCAAAAAGAGACGACAGGCACAUAAAGGAAGAGAAAUCUGAGGGUGCUGUAGUAAGAGUCUACUCAGCCGAAUGUCCAAAAGGAAAAGUGUACCUGAAAAAAGUUCAAACGUCAGCAGUGGAAAAGAAAAAGAAAAGAACUCCCGUAAAAUACCCCCUAUGCUCUUCAUUCCAUACUAGAAGUAAGGCUAAAACUAUAUUAGUGUUACCUCAUCAUGAAUUGAAAAGACUGUCGAGGCAAUCUGGACAUAGUGCCGUUAUCGGCUUUAGUCAUAAUGCAAAGCCUAAUCAAGCUUUGUGGCCUUAUCCGUGUGCUAGACCUCUUUUUAAGACGUGUUGGUUGUAUCGUACGGUGAACUUGCAGUGGCUCGCUAGUGCUGCCUUGCAGCUUCGUAUAAUGUGGGCUUGUUUACGGUGGGACGAUAUGUCCGCCAAGCCGGCGACCGCUGACGGGAAACAUCAGUUAACGACAGACACAGAAAUUGUUUCUCUGGAAUUGUUGAAACAUCGACACAUUGGACAGUUCUCUGAACGCACUCAGUACCUGAGACGACGCGUCGUCAUUCCCUUAGAACUGCCUAAGACGGUGCGGGAGGUAACUUCGAUAAGAAGUGGACUAAGAAAGAGAAAGCGAGCUGAAUCUCCACAAAACACUGAACCACAAGUCACUGAAGAAUGGGUAGAUGAAGAUAAAUUAGAACUGUGGGAAGUACGACAAUACGGUGAGCGCGCGGAACGAGCAACGCCUGUAACGCGUACCUCCACCGGCAAACUGCCCCAAAGAAACACCGCGCCGCCACCGGCCAACGCUGCUGAUCUCAAGGACAAAAUGGAGCAGCAAUUACGAGAACAAAGAGCUGCACAUCAGCAGAAAAGAGCUCUAGAAAUGUCUCAAGAUAAAUCCAAAUCCACACCUAAUCAGUAUGCCGGGAAGAGUACACUCACUUCGCUUCUAACUACCAACGCCACAACCCCAACUGGUCCAAAAACUGUAAUAGGUACCAGAAGAAUAAUAAUGACCAAAGGUGCUGACGGUACAACUCGUGUUAUCAGCCAACCGAUCUCUGGAACGCCUAAGCCGACUCAAUCCGCUGACGCCACGCCUAAAGCAGCGGCAACACCACACAAGGAGGGACCUCAGAAAGUUCAAAUUAUUCGAGCCCCUGAUGGAAAGGUAACAGUUCGCGGAUUGUUACCAGGCCAACAGCUUAUACAAAUGCCCGAUGGAAAGUUGCACGUCGUUAUGGCUGGACAGCAAGGUAUAGCUGGACAACUUGUGGCGGCGUCCCCGAGUAAGCCGACGGAGACAACCCCCGAAAAUAACACGCCCGCUCCUGUUAAGAACGUAGUGGAAGAGGCUAGGCCGGCUGCGUCACCACGCGUGGCGCCACAACCCGCUCAAAUCAUCGUGCAAGGCAACCGACAAAUCGUAGUGCAAUCGCAACAGCAAGUUGUCGUACAACCAACGCAGCAAGUGGUCGUGCAACCCCAGCAACAGAUGGUCGUGCAAGCGGGUACUAGAGCAAGCCUGCAACCACGCAUGCAGACGAUACAAGCAGUACAGACUGUGGGCGCAGUGGGCGGCAUGCAGACAGUGAUGAUGGCCGGACAAUUAGUCCGUGGCGCGCGCGUGGCCACACCCGCGCCCGCGCCGCGCCCUGCUCCGCCCCCGCGACCCCGCGCCCCCGCCACGCAACAGAUCGUCGUCAACAACCCCGCGCUCGUGCAGCAAAUCGCUGCCGGCAAGAUCCAGCUCGCUACGGUCAACGGACAGCAGGUGUUAAUUCGACCCACCGGUAACAACCAAGCUCAAAUAGUAGCACACAUUGGUCAGAGUCCCGCACCGGUCCAAACCCCGGUGCAGGCGGCGGUUGCUGCGGCGCCCGCUGUGACGCCGAUUCGCGCCGCGGCGCCGUUGCAGCCACAACCGCAGCCACAGCAGCUUACUGAAGAUCAAAUCAUGGAGAAACGGCUUCUGGCCGGUCAACCACCUGGCACGGUUAUCAAAACUGUUACAGCGCAGGUAAUGCAGACAAGCAGUGGACCCAGUAUAGUCCUGCAGGGCCUACAUGGCUACACCCUCACUCCUCAGCAACUGGCGUUGGUACAGCAUCAAGUGAAACAACAAUUGCUAAAAGGUGAGCAGAACUUAUCUCUUUUGGCAAUAAUAAUUUUGUAACUGAAAUUCAAAUUA